UUUCGGUUCGCAAUGAGAUUCAACUUUCGUUUUCUCUUGACAGUGGAAGGGUUGAGCAGGCGUUUUCAAAUAGUUAAGCGAGUCCAACUAGUUCUUUUUCCUUGAUGUGCGUUAGAAAGUUGCUGAGGACUUUGUUUUUUGGUCUGUUGAGGUGUUUUCGUAGUUUGCGUCGGCGUCUUCUUAGUAAACUGCGUUUGAAAAACACUCGUCAGAUUAACAUGUCAGACAACGAGUGCGACUAUGACUCCACAUGGGAGGAUGAACACGAAAAUAAAACACCAAAGAAGAAGAAGUUUUUCAAAAUGAGUCAAAGGAACACAUAUGCUGCAAGGGACAUGCAAAACUUUCGACAUAGUUGCCGGGGCUUGGAUGAUGAUGAUGAUGAUGAUGAUGAUGAUGGUAAUAAUGAUGAUGGUGAAGGCCACUUCUAUAACCUAGAAUUCUACCGUGGUCAGAUCAAUUCUUCACCUGACAAUGUUUACAUUGAUGACUUUCACAAGGAGUGGUUGCAUGAUUAUACGAAGCUGGAAGAUGUUCACUCCUACAUUCAGUGGUUGUUUCCAAUACAAGAACCAGGGGUGAAUUGGAGAGCACAUGUGCUCAAAAAAAAGGAAAUAAAGCUUUUCCGUAAUGAUGAAAAAGUAAAGAAGAAACUGGUGAAAUCAUAUAAGCUCAUGUUGGAUUUCUAUGGUAUACAUUUGGUCGAUCAAUCAACAGGAGAGGUGGCUCGUGCUUCUAACUGGGAGCAGCGCUUUCGGCACCUGAACAGACACACACAUAACAACCUGCGCAUCACACGCAUCCUGAAGUGUUUGGGGACUCUAGGAUUGGAGCACUACCAGGCCCCACUGGUCAGGUUCUUCCUCCAUGAAACUCUUGAAAACGGGAAUCUUCCAAAUGUGAAGCACAGUGUACUGGAUUACUUUAUGUUUGCUGUUUUGGACAAGUUAGAAAGGCGAGAGCUGGUCAAAUACGCCUUUAAGCAUUUCAAGCCUCAAAAACACUUUGUUUGGGGACCCAAGAAGAUUCUGUCAGCUCAAGUGGUGCACUACAAAAAGGAAAAAGUUGACCAGCCUACAGAGAGUAAACAGAGUAGAACUCCAGAAGAUCAGCAGAAAAGGGUGAAUUCCACUGAGAGCACACAUGAAAUGAACAAAAUAGAUGCCAGUCAUCCUCCUGACGGGAUGCAAAGUAAAAAAGAUCUCCAAAAUAAAGAUGAGGCAGUUAUUCCAAACAAAUUGACAGAAAUAAAUGCUGUUGGUUGUUCUCACCAAGCUGAAGAGGGGUCUCCCUGUCAGGUGUCUGAUACAGAAAAGAAGAAUGAAACUGAAGAUAAAGAUAAGCAGAAAAUUGUGAAUCUCAAUGAGAACAAAAAUGAAAUGAAAAAAACAGAUGCCAAUUAUAAUCAUGAAGAGAUGAAAAGUGAAGAAGAUGACCAAAAUAUGUGUGAGACAGUUACUUCAAACAGCUUGAUUGUAACAAAGAGUGAUCAGGGGGCAAAUGAAUGCAGUGAAUGCAGGCCAGAAAAUGAGAGUGUAGAAAAGAUAAAUCCGGAGAUGAGUGUUGGUGUUGGUGUUGGUAAUGGUCACGAAAACAUAGCACCAACAAACAAUUCUCAUGGCUAUGAUGCCAUUAGUGAUACUCACCAAGCUGAAGAGGGGUCUCCCUGUCAGGGGUCUGACGCAGAAACAAAGAAUGAAACUGAAGAUAAAGAUAAGCAGGAAACUGUAAAUCUCAAUGAGAACAAAAAUGAAACGAAAAAAAUAGAUGCCAAUUAUAAUCCUGAAGAGAUGAAAAGUGAAGAAGAUGACCAAAAUAUGCGUGAGACAGUUACUUCGAACAACUUGACAGAAACAAAGAGUGAUCAGGGGGCAAAUGAGAGCAGUCAAUGCAGGCCAGAAAAUGAGAGUGUAGAAAAGAUAAAUCCAGAGAUGAGUGUUGGUGUUGGUGAUGGUGAUGGUAAUGAAAACAUAGCACCAGCAAACAAUUCUCAUGGCUAUGAUUCCAUUUGUGGUGCUCACCAAGCUGAAGAGGGGUCUCCCUGUCAGGUGUCUGAUACAGAAAUGAAGAAUGAAACUGAAGAUAAAGAUAAGCAGGAAAUGGUAAAUCUCAAUGAGAACAAAAAUAAAAUGAAAAAAAUAGAUGCCAAUUAUAAUCCUGAAGAGAUGGAAGGUGAAGAAAAUGACCAAAAUAUGUGUGAGACAGUUACUUCGAACAACUUGACAGAAACAAAGAGUGAUCAGGGGGCAAAUGAGAGCAGUCAAUGCAGGCCAGAAAAUGAGAGUGUAGAAAAGAUAAAUCCAGAGAUGAGUGUUGGUGUUGGUAAUGGUGAUGGUAAUGAAAACAUAGCACCAGCAAACAAUUCUCAUGGCUAUGAUUCCAUUUGUGGUUCUCACCAAGCUAAAGAGGGGCCUCCCUGUCAGGGGUCUGACGAGGAAACUAUGGAUGUAACUGAAGAUGGACAGUCAGAAGAAUCAAUGAUUUAUUAGAAAAA